AUGUCCAACUCCAACACCGCUCUUUUCACUCCCAUUCAGAUCGGUCCUAUCACCCUCAAGCACCGCAUCGUCUUCGCCAGCUUGACUCGUGGUAGAAACGAUGAGAACCACGUCGCUACCGAUCUUCAGGCGGAGUAUUACGGUCAGCGUGCUACCGAUGGUGGCCUUCUGAUUGUUGAGGCGAUGAACGUCAAUAGGCAGGCUGGUAUGAGUCCUGGUACUCCUGGUAUCUUUUCUAAGGAGCACGUUGAGGGCUGGAAAAAAGUCACUGCUGCUGUCCACGCUAAGGGUGGUUACAUCCAGAGUCAACUUUGGCACCAGGGCCGUGCUGCUUCCUCCAAGUACAUCAAGGAGACUCCUAUUGCUCCUUCUCCUAUUGCCAUCAAGGGCAUGGAGUUCAUGGGUGACUACACGUAUGAGACUCCUCGUGAGAUCACUAAGGAGGAAAUGAAAGAAUACGUCAAGGACUUCCAGCAGGCUGCCAAGAACUCCCUCGAGGCUGGAUUUGACGGUGUUCAGUUCCACGCUGCGAACGGUUUCUUCUUUGACCAGUUCUUCAACUCUGCUUCUAACCAGCGUACUGAUGAGUACGGUGGAUCCCCCCGAGAAUCGUGCCCGAUUCUUGACGGUUUGAUCGAGGCUGUUGGCAUUGAGCUUGUCUCUAUCAGACUCUCUCCUUGGGCUGCUUUCCUCGAUGUCGAGGAUGAGGACUCUUACGCCACCUGGGGUUACGUUGUCAGGAGACUCCAAGCUGAAUACGCCAAACUUGCUUUCCUUGAUAUGGUCGAGCCGCGCUCUGUCUUGUACGACGACUCUUACAACUUUGAGCAGAAGGAAUCUCUUGAUCCUUUCCGUGCUGUUUGGAAAGGACCUAUUGUCACAACUGGUGGUUACACUUACGAUCCUAAGCGUGCUUUCGAGAUCGCUAAGAAGAACCCUAACAACUUGACUGGUUUCGGUCGUCUUUUCAUUGCGAACCCCGAUCUUGUCGAGCGUCUUCGCAACAACUGGCCUUUCAACAAGUACGACCGUCCUACUUUCUACACUGGUGGUGCCAAGGGUUACGUUGACUACCCUUUCUAUAAGGCCGAGUAA